AUGGCCAUCGCUUCCACCUCCGACCUCUUCAUCCUCUCCCUCGGCAUCGUCCUCGCCGCCCUCUACCUCUUCAAGGACCAGCUCUUCGCUCCCGCAAAGCCAAAGUCCGUCCUAGCCCCCGUCUCCAACCGCUCCGCCAAUGCCUCCGGCAACCCUCGCGACUUUGUCGCAAAGAUGAAGGAGGGCAAAAAACGCCUCGUCAUCUUCUACGGCUCCCAGACCGGCACCGCCGAAGAGUACGCCAUCAGGAUCGCAAAGGAGGCAAAGUCCAAGUUCGGCCUCACCUCCCUCGUGUGCGACCCCGAAGAGUACGACUUUGACAACCUCGACCAGGUCCCCGACGACUCCGCCGUCUUCUUCGUCAUGGCCACCUACGGCGAGGGCGAGCCCACCGACAACGCCGUCACCCUCAUGGAGAACCUCCGCGACUCCUCCUUCGAGUUCUCCAACGGCGCCCACCGCCUCGACGGCCUCAAGUACGUCAUCUUCGGCCUCGGCAACCGCACCUACGAGCACUUCAACGCCAUCGCCCGCAUCGUCGACAAGGAGCUCGCCGACAUGGGCGCCCGCCGCAUCGGCGACCGCGGCGAGGGCGACGACGACCGCUCCAUGGAAGAAGACUACCUCGAGUGGAAGGACAAGAUGUGGGAUGCCUUUGCGCGCGAGAUGGGCGUCGAGGAGGGCCAGGGCGGCGACACCCCCGACUUUGCCGUCCACGAGCUCGACUCCCACCCCCCCGAAAAAGUCUACCUCGGCGAGCUCUCCGCCCGCGCCCUCACCAAGACCAAGGGCAUCCACGACGCCAAGAACCCGUACCCCGCCCCCAUCAAGGCCGCCCGCGAGCUCUUCGCCGCCGGCGCCGACCGCAACUGCGUCCACCUCGAGCUCGACGUCGACGGCUCCGGCAUCACCUACCAGCACGGCGACCACGUCGGCGUGUGGCCGUCGAACCCGGACCUCGAGGUCGUCCGCCUCCUCUGCGCGCUCGGCCUCUACCACAAAAAGGACACGAUCAUCAACAUCGACUCGCUCGACCCCGCGCUCGCCAAGGUGCCCUUCCCCGUGCCCACCACCUACGCGACCGUCCUCCGCCACUACAUCGACAUCAGCGCGCUCGUCGGGCGGCAGAUGCUCGGCGCGCUCAGCAAGUUCGCGCCCUCCCCCGCCGCCGGCGAGCUGUUGCGCGCGUACAACCAGGACAAGGAGCUCUACGCGCGCGUCGUCGCCGGCGGGUGCCUCAAGCUCGGCGAGGUCCUCCAGCUCGCCGCCGGCGACGACCUGCACGCGCGCCCGACGCCCGAGAACACCACCGCGUGGCCCGUGCCGUUCGACAUCAUCGUCUCCUCCGUCCCGCGCCUCCAGCCGCGCUACUACUCCAUCUCCUCCAGCCCGAAGCUCUUCCCGAACCAGAUCCACGUCACCGCCGUCGUGCUCAAGUACGAGAGCGCGCAGAGCGAAAAGGUCGCGCAGCGAUGGGUGUACGGCGUCGGCUCGAACUUUUUGCUGAACCUCAAGUUUGCGGCGAAUGGCGAGGACGCCCCGCUCGUGAGCGAGCCCGCCGAGGGCGAGCCGGCUGUGGUGUCCAAGCCCAAGUAUGCGAUCGAGGGCCCGCGCAACUCGUACAAGGAGGGCAGUGUCUACAAGGUGCCCAUCCAUGUGAGGCGCUCGACCUUCCGUCUGCCCACGAACCCCAAGACGCCGGUCAUCAUGGUCGGCCCUGGCACGGGCGUCGCACCCUUCCGCGGCUUCAUCCAGGAGCGCGUCGCGCUCGCGCGCCGGACAAUCGAGAAGAACGGCCCGGGCGCGCUCGCGGACUGGGGGCGCAUCACGCUCUUCUACGGCUGCCGCAAGUCCACGGAAGACUUUCUCUACAAGGACGAGUGGCCGAAAUACGCGGAGGAGCUGCAGGGCAAGUUCGUGAUGCACACGGCCUUCUCGCGCGAGCCGCCGUACAAGCCCGACGGGUCGAAGAUCUACGUGCAGGACCUCAUCUGGGAGGACCGCGCGAAUAUCGCGGACGCGAUUCUGAACGGGAAGGGGUACGUGUAUGUGUGCGGGGACGCGAAGAAUAUGAGCAAGGCGGUGGAGGAUACCAUUGCGAGGAUCCUGGGCGAGGCGAAGGGCGGGAGCGCGGAGGUGGAGGGCGCGGCGGAGCUCAAGCUGCUCAAGGAGCGGUCGCGGCUGAUGUUGGAUGUCUGGAGCUGAGCGGGUCGCCCUCCACUCUCCUCUCCUUCUGCUGUAGAUGCCGGAACACCACGCACCUCACUCAUACAAGCACGCAUGGUACUGUACAUAGAAUCGCACUUGCACUGUCGUUUUCGUUAAUUCUGUUCUGGUCUAUCUAUUAUAUUCAUUGGGCUACCUGUAGAGUACGGACGACACGCGAUGAAUACUACCUGUAAUCUCGGAGGGUGGAAUGGAUCCCUGAAAGGCUCGAGUGUGGGCAAUACUGUG